UCACGACUUCUGGACAUGCUUCCUCUGGAUGGCUGGCCGGCGCUGCUUCGACCGUGCUCUACAUGGUGGUAUGUGGUGGCCUUGGCUGGAUGGGAUCAACCAAACGUUAUGCUUGUGGUGGUUUGGUGGCUCUUCAUGCUCUUGGUGUGGCUCUUCAUGCUCUUGGUGGUUGGUGGCUCUCAAAUGCUUUUGGUGGUUGGUGGCUCUCUUCAUGCUCUUGUUGCCUGCUCUUGGUGGUUGGUGGAAUAUGGUUGGGGUGUGCCAGGUCCGUUCUACUCCAUGCACUUGUGGUGGCUCGUCUACAUGCUCAUUCUCGUCUACAUGGUCUUCCUCAUCAAUCCUUGGCCCGGUAAAUCUUCAAAUUUUUUAAAUAAAA